CAUGCGCAGACAGUGGCCGCCUCUCCUCCACUCCUCACUGCUGAUCACUUCCGCUCUCCGAACCAACAGCGCCAUAUUGUGUGGCAGGAGAGCUCGGCCGCCAUACAAGGACCCGGCGCUAUCGGAAGAGGGGCGGUUAGCACGCGUCAGCAAUCGGAUUGCCCUCGGAAAGGGUUAAUAUAGAAAUCUAGCGUACGCUGCAUGUAAGUGGUGACUUGCUGACUACGUGGCAACCAUGUGGGAUCAGGGUGGACAGCCUUGGCAGCAAUGGCCAUUAAACCAGCAGCAGUGGAUGGAAUCAUUCCAGCACCAGCAAGAUCCCAGUAAGUGUUCAGACCCCACCGCAAGUCAGAUCGAUUGGGCAGCUUUAGCCCAGGCAUGGAUUGCACAGCGUGAGGCUACAGUGCAAGGAGGAGUGGAACAGCAAGGGAUGAUGUCUAAUGGACAGGAUCUGCCGCCAGUUCCACAGAUAGAACCUGCCCCCAACAACCAUAACUUUCAGGGUGACCCCAGUUUUAAUCGAAUGUGGCAGCCAGAUUGGGGUGGAAUGCCGCACCAGCCACCACCUCACCAUCCUCCCCCUGAGCAACCUUGGAUCCCCCCAGCCCCUGCACCAAUGGAUAUUGUACCCCCAUCUGAAGACAGCAAUAGCCAGGAUAGUGGAGAUUUUAAUGACAACAGGCACAUGUUCAACCAAAAUAAUCACGGGUUCAGUGGACCUCCUGAAAACUUUCCCAUGGCACCAGUAACGCAGUACGAUUACCAGCAUGGUUCUGGAGGAUAUGGACCUCCUCAAGGCAGCUUUCAUCCUCCGUAUUGGCAGCAAGGGCCACCUGGACCUCCAGGUCCGCCUGCACCACCUCCUAAUAGAAGAGAAAGGCAGUCUUUCAGGGAAAGACAGCGUUCACCUAUACCGAUACCACCAAAGCAAGAGCCUUUACAGAUUGAUGCUGUUAAACGCAGGACUUUACCUGCAUGGAUUCGUGAGGGUUUAGAGAAAAUGGAGAGAGAGAAGCAAAAGAAGUUGGAACGUGAGAGAAUGGAGCAGCAGCGUUCACAAAUGAAAAAGGAAAUAAAGAACCAAAAAACUGAAGAGGGGGGUGAUGGUCCACGUUUGCCGCAAAAAAGCAAGUUUGACAGUGAGGAAGAGGAAGAGGAUGAUGACCAUGAACAGGAAGAGGACAAAGCUAGUCCACAUGGCAGCCGCAGUCCUUCUCCACCUGUGCAGGAAGAGAAUAGCGAGCCAGAAAUAACUGAAGAAGAGAGGGCCUAUCAAUUGAUGCUAAUGACAAAAAUGCUGCUGACAGAAAUUCUUUUGGAUGUCACAAAUGAAGAGAUUUACAGCGUGGCCAAAGAGACUCAUCGUAAAGCAACUAAAGCUCCUGCAAAGCAGCUGGCACAGUCCAGUGCACUGGCUUCCCUUACUGGACUUGGUGGACUGGGUGGUUACGGGUCAGCGGAGAGUGAAGAUGAGAAAAGCGACAGAGGCUCAGAAUCUUCUGAUACUGAUGAAGAGGAACUCCAACACAGGAUACGACAAAAGUUGGAAGCAUUUAAGCAAAAGGAAAAAGAGCAACAGUUACUUGAGAGACAACUUGAAGAGGAGAAACAUAAAACAGAGGCACAUGAUAAUGAAGCAAAUGAGCCUGUUACAGAUCUUCCAAACAAUUUAGAAGUACAUGAAAAAAGAAAAUUUGAGGCAGAUUUGGAGGUUGAUAAGAAAAAAGUGAAUAGUGAGACAUUACCUUUAGCUGAUGUCAGCAAAGAACCUAAGGAAAGAACAGUUGCUAGUAAGUCCAGAAGCUCAAGCAGUAGCAGCAGCAGUAGUAGCAGUAGUAAAGACCGCAGCAGUAGUAGCAGCAGCAGUAGUGUGUAUAGCUCUAGUUCUUCAAGCAGUCUGAGUUCAUCUCCCUCUUUACCGAAGAGGAAAAAGAGACGGAGUCAUAGUAUGUCACCAUCACGUAAAAACAGACGUAGCAGAAGUAGGAGUACAACACGGAAGAGUCGGAGGGAAAGGAGUAGAAGCAGGGAAAAAAUUAGUGAACGUAGAAGGUCUAGUAAGAAUAGUAUUGAAAGGGAGUGGCGUAGAGAUGAUAGCCGCAGCAGAGAGAAAAGGGCAAAUCACUCCAGGGACAGACAUGGUCGUAGUAGAAGCAGAGAAAGACGUAAAAGUGAUGCUCAUCGUAGGAGCUCUAGCAGGAACAGACACAAGCAUAGGGGCAAUAGUCGAGAAAGGGAGAAGGCAAGGAGCAGAAGUGUUGAGUUGGAUAGGAAGAGAAGGGAGUCAGAAAAAGACAGGAAGAAGGAGAAGCUAAAGAGGGAAGAUAAAUCUAAAUAUACAGUUCAAGAUGAUGAAAAAGUUAAAAGUAGGAGAGAGAGUGAAAGGACAUUAUCCCGCAGUGAGUCUUCCUCCUCAAAGGUGUCUCGGCAGGAUUCUAGGCAAGAUGGUAAAAAAGGCUCUACCAAGGAAAGUAAGAAACGGGCAUCUUCUAGUGGAAGAAGCAGUUCAGAAUCUCCUGUUUACAAGGAUAAAAAAUCUAAGAAACUGAAACGUAGCCGGUCCCGAUCUGUGGAGAAACCUCAAAGGUCUGGUAAGAAGGCAAGCCGCAAACACAAGUCUAAGACCCGAUCAAGAUCAUCUACUCCUGUUCGUCGUAAACGCUGAUGGCUCACAGACCAUGACAUUAAUUUUUAAAAAUUCCAUGAGUUUUAAAGGCUUGUCUCAUUCUAGAGGCACAUUACGGCUACGUAGGUGUGAAAAAUGUAUUCUUUCUCCUUUUCCAUUUCCUUAUUCUCUACUUUUUAAAUAUGUAUAUAUAUUUUCCAUUUUCUUGCUCCUGGAAGUAAAAGAAAUACUAAAACUUUGUAUGGCAUAUUUUCAACAUACUAGGAAUGGGUAUUUUAUUUUUAGCUGUAAUGUUCUCAAAACAGUUAACUGUCCUGUGAUGUUAAUAAAGCACUGUGCUUUUUUUUUUGUUAAGUUGCCAUUACCGUUUUGUAGGUUAUGCUCUACGUGCAACAAUUUUAAGGUUUGUUCGUACACAAUAGGUUAAGUUCCACUAAUUGUGUACUUGCACAUAAGAGUAAUUAGGUGUGUUACACAGUUAGUUAAGCUGACUGCCUUAUAUUGUAAAUGGCUGGAAAUAAAAUCUAAGGCUAGGUUUCCACCCAGGUUUUCGUCAGGCGUGUUUUUUUUAUUUUUUAAACCUCUGCUGCAGUCUUUUUAGCCAAAGCCAGAAGUGUAUUCAAAAGGCAUAGGAAAUAUAAAUGACGGACUUAUAAUUCUCCUUUUUGCUGGAUCCACUUCUGACUUUGCCUGAAAAAUUGCAGUGGCUUUUUUUCCAAAAAUGCCAGAAUAAAGCCUGUGUGGACACCUAGCAUAAAGCUAGUUUCACAUACGCAUAAUAAAGGAAUAUUUUUGCACCAUUAUGGCAGAAUGUCCCAACCAUAAGUCUAAUGACCUGAACUGACAGCUUCUUCUACGUACAAUAUGCUGUUUGGCUGGGACAUUGAAGUGUCUGUAUUACACAUGUGAGUUUAGUCUUACAGAAGUACUGUGGUGCCAUACAACUUAUCCCCUAAAUGAAAGAAAGGGCAACGGCCCCCCUUUUAAAGGGAAACUGUCACAUGGAAAAAUGCUGUUUCAUAUUGAUAGUAGCACAAAAAAUACCUUUUGUGUAUGGCUGUAGCUUCUAUACAUUUGUUCAGUCAAUUGAAGAGUCUAAAGAACAUCUGAUUAACAGGCAGGGCUGACUAAGCUCUUCUGAAAUCCUGUAAUAUAUAUUAUACAGUACCUCUGCCAUGCCUCUUGGACUUUUCAGAUUGUUAGACAAAAGUUGUUGUUUUUUUUGUUUUGUCUUUUAUAGUAAAGGUACUCUUACACUCUGCUACUAUCGCUAUGAAACUGUUUCAAAGUGUAACAGUUCCCCUUAAAUACUAUGCCCUUUGUAUUCUUGCUCUGGGAUCUAUCAAUAAAGCUUCCAGUAGAUUUCCCUGGGACUGCAUGUGUGCUACAGUUUUUUUUUAUUUUUUAUUGCUAUAUCACAAAACAAAGGAAAUACCUUGAUGUGUGGUUAUGAACAUAUGUUUUUUAUUUUUAUAAUCCAAGACAAAGCAAGAUUGUUAAAUGUCUUGGCCAGGGGUGUAAAAUUCAAUAUUGGCAGUAAAAGCUUGAGCAGCCUUGCUUGAUCUGCACCUCUUGGUAAUGAAGAAAUAGUGUGAGCGAGUAGAUUGCUUUGAAAUGAUUCAUGCAAACUGUCUGGAUGUCCACCUAUAUAGUCAUAAGCUUACUGUUCAAAUCUGUAGGGUAUAUGCACCAAUCUACCUAUUAUUCUAAACUCGUGUAAACUGGCAUACUUGCAAUGAGAACAAUCUCCUGUAGGAAUUGUAUCUCCAUUUUAUUCUGCUCUAAGCCUAUCAUCAAGGGGGCAGGGCUUAGUGUUGUCCUCUACUAUUCGUAUAGAAAGACCAGUGGGAGGCUAUUUCAGCUGUGCCAUAGAGCUACAUAUAAAGAUUGUCUAGGGACUACUUUUUUAUAUGUGAAAAUAUGCUGAUGCAGGGUCAAAAAAUAUAAAACGUGUUCCCACAUUUCCUGUCAUCUUUCCAAUGGUGCCCAGUCCCAUUGCACAGGACGUGCUGGUCUCGACACAAGUAAAUGCCUAGCUGUUCACAUACUGCAUCUGUGUCUGAAGAGCUGGCUCUUCCAUGCUGUGCAGCAGAGACAAUAAAGUGCGAGUUGCAGUUAGGGCUGAAACAACUAAUCGAUUUUAAAUAUAG